AUGGAGGUUGAGGACAGAGACGAGCUCUGCUUUCCACAGUUCCCAAACACCUCCUGCUGGAAGCCCUCGCCUCCUUGGCCCCCAACAGUUACCAUUAUGCUGUACUCCAUGUCUCUGAUCACUGUGGUUCUCAACCUGCUAAUCAUCAUCUCUAUCUCCCACUUCAGGAAGCUCCACACACACACCAACAUCCUCCUCCUCUCUCUGGCUGUCACAGACUUUGUAGUGGGCCUCAUGCUGAUGCCUGUAGAAGUUCUCAGAAAAACAUCUUGCUGGUUUCUUGGUGACUAUGUCGACGGGUCUGGUUCUACGUAUACUAUUGUUGCAACCAUCAUUACCUCAGCCUCAAUAGGUACCAUAGUGCUCAUAUCAGUUGACCGUUAUGUGGCUAUUUGUGACCCUCUGCACUACACCACUAAAGUCACUCCAAAGGCAAAGAAAUCAGAGCUGAAAGCAGCCAGGAAGCUUGGUGUUCUUGUACUUGGUUUUCUAAUGUGUUUUGCCCCGUAUUACGGUGUCAUUAUUGCAGGUCCCCAAUUGAUUAUUGAAUCAUCUGCAACCUUUGCAGUCCAUCUGUAUUAUUCUAACUCUUGUCUAAAUCCUGUGAUCUAUGCCUUUUUUUACCCCUGGUUUAGAAAAGCAGUUAAACAGAUUGUAACUCUUCAGAUACUGCAGCCUGGCUCCUCUGAG